AUGUUCGCUAUGAAAGUAGAGAAGAAAAUCGAGACCAGGAAACAUUCAAAACUGAAAAUGGAGAUCGCAAUUUUGAAACUGGUAUCGAACGAACGAAAUCAGUCACAUUUCACAGCAAUCAUCGAUCGGGGCAAGAAGGAAACGUACUUUUUUCUCGUAAUGGAACUUGUCGGAAAAAGCUUGGCUGAUUUGAAGAAUGCCAGACCGGAUAAGGUUUUCUCAGUCUCAACAGGCUUAGGAGCUUCAAUACAAUGUCUAGAAGCAUGUGAGGACCUUCAUAAGUAUGGCUUUAUUCAUCGAGAUCUUAAGCCAGCCAACUACGCUUGUGGUCUCGGGGAGAAAAAAAGGGUGGUAUACAUUCUGGACUUUGGGAUCGCACGACGCAUUCUGAACGACAAAAAUGAGUUAAAAACACCACGCGUUUCCGUUAGGUUCAAGGGCACCAUUCCGUUCGCUUCUUUAGCCUGUCACAAAGGCAUUGAAAUGGGACCGAAAGACGAUUGUGAAUCAUGGUACUACCUAAUGUUGGAUUUAACAGUUCCUGGAGGUCUAAUUUGGAAAAGAAUGGCCGAUAAAAAUGAAGUAAUGAAGGAGUUAAUGUUUGGUCCACUGAAAUGCAAGGGUGAACUGGCACGAAUUCUUGAAUAUAUCGAUAAGCUACAAUAUCACGAUCAUGUGGAUUACACGUACAUUUAUAAAAUGUUAGAAGAGGCUGCGAUUCAAUGCGGCGGUAAUGUGAGUAAUCCAUACGACUGGGAGAAUGACCCUUGA